AUGGAGAGGUACGAGCAAGCCUGCGUGGCCGUUGCCGCUGCUUUGCAUAUCAGCCAAGCGGAGACGAGUAAAGACAACGUAAAAAAGCUUGUGAAGGAGCAUCUAAGUGCAGAUCAGGCAGGACCGUGGUUACUUGUGCUCGACAAUGCAGAUGAUCACAACAUCUUGUAUGGCACCGAGUAUGCUGCGGGCAUCAUCGACUAUCUACCGGAGAGCGAGAAGGGCAUGACCGUGUUCACUACACGAGUGCAAGAAUUAGCCGUGGCGUUGACGCGAGGCGACGUUCUAGAGCUGGGUUAUAUGAGCAAAGUAGAUGCCAUGAACUUCUUGGAGAAGUCUUUAAUCAGAAAGAACCCCACUGAGGAAUGCGAGGAGCUAUUGGACGAGUUGGCGUACCUCCCUUUGGCCAUCUCUCAGGCUGCCACGUACCUAAAUAUGAAUAGAACGACUUUUACAAGGUAUCUGCGGCUGCUGAGACAUAUAGAGCAAGAUACCAUCAGUCUAAUGAGCAAAGAGUUCCAAGAUCAAACACGCUACGAGGGCUCGGCGAACGCAGUGGCCUCAACAGCCAAGUCAAGUUAUCGGGUGGGACGAUGCCUAAUUUUCGACGUUCGAUUUCCAGAAGCAGUGAGAUGGUUUGAGGAGUGCUCGCAAUGCAGAGAAGUACUGGAUGAAGGUGAUCCAGAUCGGCUGGAAGCGCAGCAUGAACUCGGUGUUGCCUAUCAUUUGAAUGGACAGAUCGAGGAGGCUGUGAGGCUGCUAGAGUACGUGGUCAAGAUGCUAGACGCUACGCUCGUAGAGGCUCACCCCUCUCGGCUUGCGUCGCAACAGACACUUGGCGUUUCCUACUGGCAGAAUGGACAAUUUGGGGACUCUAGAAGACUACUAGAGCAUGUUGUCAAGAAACAAGAUACGAUGCUUGCAGAGACUCAUUUUAAUCAGCUAGCGUCGCAGCAUCAGCUUGCUGUUUCCUACUACGGAGGUGGACAGGCUGGUGAUGCUAUAAAACUACUAGAGCACGUAGUCAAGAUACAAAGCACCAUGCUCGCACAGACUCACCCCAAUUGCCUAGAGGCAGAGCGCUGA